GCCGUCGUUAUCCACGGCCAGUUCUGAUUUUUCUUUUGCCUUCGUUAAGAGAAAAUGACCAUCCUCAUUGAUGAGCCUGCCCUUGUUUCACAAGUUGAGGAGAAGAAUCUGCAGAAGAAUGAGAAUGAGUUGGUAUUAGAUGGUGGAUUUACAGUGCCGAAAGCUGUGACAAGUCAUGGAUUUGAGGAGCCGGAGAUCAAUGCAUUUGGCCAAACUUUCAGGGAUUAUAAUGCAGAAAGUGAAAGGCAGAAGACUGUAGAAGAGUUUUAUCGGUUGCAGCACAUUAAUCAAACAUAUGACUUCGUUAAGAGAAUGAAGGAAGAGUAUGGAAAAUUGAACAAGGCAGAGAUGAGCAUAUGGGAAUGCUGUGAACUGCUGAAUCAAGUGGUAGAUGAUAGUGAUCCUGACUUGGAUGAGCCUCAAAUUCAGCACUUGUUGCAGUCUGCUGAAGCCAUUAGAAAGGAUUAUCCUGAUGAAGAUUGGUUACACUUGACUGCUCUCAUUCAUGAUCUGGGAAAGGUUUUAACCCUUCCUGAAUUCGGAGGGCUUCCUCAAUGGGCUGUUGUAGGAGAUACUUUCCCUCUUGGAUGCGCUUUUGACAAAGCCAAUAUUCACUACAAGUAUUUCAAGGAAAACCCUGACUAUAAUAAUCCUGCCUUUAACACCAAGAAUGGAAUUUAUUCUGAGGGAUGCGGAUUAAACAACGUGAUGUUUUCAUGGGGGCACGAUGAUUACAUGUACACGGUGGCCAAGGAGAAUGGAACAACCCUCCCUCCGGCUGGAUUGUUUGUCAUCCGAUAUCACUCCUUUUACCCUUUACACAAGGAAGGCACAUAUGCGCACCUCAUGAACGAUGAGGACAAGGAGAAUCUCAAAUGGCUGCGUGUUUUCAACAAAUAUGAUUUAUACAGUAAGAGCAAAGUUCUUGUUGAUGUUGAAGCAGUGAAGCCAUAUUAUCUUUCUCUCAUUGAGAAAUAUUUCCCUCCCAAGCUUAGAUGGUGAAGCCUGCAAUCUUAAUAGGAUACUGAAUUUGGAAGCAGCUAUGUAAUUUUCGUUAUCUACUUCGAUAUAUAUCAAUGUUAGUGUUUUCUUUGUUCACCCAAUAUCCUGUUUUUCUCAUUAGCUUUCUUAUCUAAAGUGGCAAUAAAAUGAAAACAGAUUGUAGUUA